GGGCUGCCCCGCUCCGCCCGCGCGUGGCGCCGCCGUGGCCCUGGAGCGCGCGCGGCGCGGCGCGGCGGGGCGGGCGCGGGGCGCGGCCAGCGCGGGGCCUCCCGCAGCCCCGGCGCGGAGCGGGCGCGGGCGGAGCGCGGCCGCGGCCCGGCAGGAUGUCGGGCUCCCGCUGCCAGACGCUGUACCCCUUCUCCGGGGAGCGGCACCGGCAGGGGCUCCGCUUCGCCGCGGGGGAGCUGAUCACGGUGCUGCAGGUGCCGGACGGCGGCUGGUGGGAAGGGCAGAAGGAGGACGGGCUGCGCGGCUGGUUCCCGGCCAGCUACGUGCAGCUGCUGGAGCAGAAACCCAGAAAGGCAACUCCUCAGACAGGAGAAGAUACCUUGAACGGCCAUCUUCCCCCCGGCUGGCAGAGCUAUAUGUCUCCCCAGGGCCGAAGGUACUAUGUGAACACCUUCACAAAUGAAACGACCUGGGAGAGGCCAAGCAGUGUGCCUGGGACUCCAAAGAGCCCUGUGUCACAGAAGAGUUCUGCAGUGAAUGGCUACUACAUCUCUGGGACCCCAAUACACCAGCUCGACUCUGGUCAUAUGAGCCUCCGAAAAGCCAGUGGGGACCCCCAGGCCCCGGGGUCCCCGGCGGCGCCGCGGCGGCAGAGCAAGGAGAGCAGCCUGACGAUAAACUGUGUGACUUUCCCCCACCCUGACGUAAUGCCAGAGCAGCAGUUGCUGAAACCUUCUGAGUGGAGCUACUGUGAUUAUUUCUGGGCUGAUAAGAAGGAUUCGCAAGGGAACAAUACAGUGUCGGGAUUUGAAAUUCUUCUUCAAAAGCAACUUAAAGGGAAACAAAUGCAGAAAGAAAUGGCAGAGUUUGUUCGAGAAAGGAUAAAGAUUGAGGAGGAAUACGCUAAGAACCUGUCCAAACUGUCUCAGAAUUCCUUGGCUGCUCAGGAAGAAGGCACACUAGGAGAGGCUUGGGCUCAGCUAAAGAAGAGUCUAGCUGAUGAAGCAGAGGUUCAUCUCAAAUUUUCUUCUAAGCUUCAGAGCGAGGUGGAGAAACCCCUGCUCAACUUCAGAGAGAACUUCAAGAAAGACAUGAAGAAGUGUGACCACCAUAUUGCAGACUUACGGAAGCACCUGGCCAGCCGCUACGCAGCCGUUGAAAAGGCCCGGAAAGCCUUGACAGAGAGACAGAAGGACCUGGAAAUGAAAACACAGCAGCUAGAGGUGAAGCUCAGCAACAAGACAGAAGAGGAAAUUAAGAAAGCGAGACGGAAGUCCACUCAGGCGGGAGAUGACCUGAUGCGCUGCGUCGAUCUUUACAAUCAAGCCCAGUCAAAGUGGUUUGAGGAAAUGGUGACCACCACUCUGGAGCUUGAGAGACUAGAAGUUGAAAGGGUGGAGAUGAUACGGCAGCAUCUUUGCCAGUAUACACAGCUGCGGCAUGAGACAGACAUGUUCAACCAAAGUUAGAGCUCGUGGAUCAGUUGCUUCGGAAAGUGGAUCCUGCCAAAGACAGGGAACUGUGGGUAAAAGAACACAAAACUGGAGAUAUCCGACCCGUGGACAUGGAAAUAUAGACUGAUCUAUAGUUGUAUGUGAUGAGUCCACUGAAUUAACCAGGCUAAUGUUUGCUUUUUAAGGGUCAGAAGAGCAUAGGGAAAAGGUUGUUCCACUACCAGACACCUUGUAAUUUAUGCCUGUACAGGCUCUCUCUGUUACAUUUAGUCAUUAAAAUGGUCCUCAUUGUGCUAAGCCUUAAGCAUCAGACAUUCCAGGGUGAAGAAACCAGAUGUGUGCUUCCCACCAGAGGUUCCCAAUUGCACGCAGCUUCCAGAAGAAAUCUGCUUUCUGGUACAGAGAGCGCUCUGUUCUUCAGUGACUUUGUGCUACAUCCCUUGCAUGACUAUCUUUAUACAGUAUGUUAGAACAACCACGCGGCGAGCCUCUGGCCAGCAAGUAGUUAACUGUUUGAACAUGAUGCAGGAGGCAAGGAAGUCCUGAUCAUGAAUCCUAGGUCUGUCACUGACUGCUUUCAUGGCCAUAGGCAAGUCAAUUAACUUUUCUGGCUCCCCUGUCUAUAAAAACACGCAUAUCUCACAGCAAUGUUGUGUGAAUACAUUGAUUUCAUACAAUGCAGUUUCCCACUAUGGCAGUGAAGUGAUGGCCCUUCUCCCAAAAUCUGUGGAGAAGUCUCCUAUUCUUCCUGUUUUAUACUCCCUCUCAGGGAUACAUAAACCCAUUAUCAUGAUGAUUUCUGUUCUAGCCCAAUCAAUAAGGUUGAAAGUGUUAACCAUCGCUGUUAUUUAUCAGGAAAGACUUGGUUGUGCUAUACCUACCUCAUUAGCUGUCUGAGUGCCCUCAAUGACAGAAAGAGGUUAUAUAUACCAAGGAAUAAAUUAGAUGUUCGAACCCUUUCCUGCUCAUGCAAGAUGUUUUCUCACAGAAUCUCCUUAAAGAAGAGUCCCCUAACAUUUUAUUUGGGAUCUGGGUUUAAAUUGCCCUUUGUUGGUUCCUUCAGGUGAAUAUCACGGCCUUUAGGUAUCCUUAAUUACCAAGUUUGUCCAGCUAAAUUGUGGGGUUUAUCUUUUUAGAGCCUGAUUUUCAAAGGUGCCAUGAAUCUGUGAUGCUAGAUUGCAUUAAAUGUAGAUGUUGGUGCCCAGCACUUCUUCACCAUCAGAUUCUUAACCUCUAGGUUUUCCCUUUGUUACCCUUACCCACACAGUACCAAAAAUUCAACACUGCUCUUGGCACAUAGUGUUACGUAGUUUGGAGACUGGUUUUGAAAAGGUAUUAAUUUUCUCUUCCUGCUGUUAUUUCUGAUUUGUUUAUUCAGUGUUGCUGUUAAUAUAUUUUUUGACGUUUCAUACAAUGCCAGGUUUGUUAAGAUUCUUGCUUUAGAUUAGCAGAAACCUUGAUUCUCACCACUGUGGCCUUUACUCAGUGUUUACUGUGGUGUUAUCUACAGUUUCCCAAACCGUACUAUUCCAUUUGAUCCACAGUUACGCUCCGCUUUAUCUUAUUGUUGCCAUCCUUUUUAUCUUGGCAUCAAAAUCGUACCCUUCUUUUAUUUUACUGCUCUUCUAGGGUUUUGUGCAUCGGCCUCAAAGUGCUGUGAUUAGAUCAUUAAGAAUUAGUAUUACUCUUUACAAAUACAAACUGAGACACAGAAAAGUCUUAUCUGAAAGACAUUGUAAUAUUGCUGCAGUGAUUAUUUUUCUGGUUUGUUAUUUCAGACUGAAUUCUGUUGCAUUUUUCUAUUGUUGCCUUUUUCUCAACCAUCUCUUUAGCAGUAUAGAUUCGUUCCUGUCUUGCAAACACCUCCACAGCCCACUUCUCUGCUGCAUCAUUAGCCUUUAUAACCUUUCCACAUUGGCAGGUGCAGUGCCAUGACCACUGCGUGCUCAGGAUGACUGUUCCUGGUGUGACACCUCCUGUACUGCACCUCCAUUACACACCUCUGAAUUUACAACUCUUUACUUUUUCUCAGUGUUGGAAGCAUCCAGCACGCUGUUAUGUGAGUCUCUCCUAUGUUCCUGCAAAGACCAUUGCAAUACAAGUGAAACAUGGUUUGCUUAAGCAUUGCGUAGUCCUUCCUACCUCCUACUUCCAUACACUUUCCUUUUCUGCUGCUCGAGCAGGGAAGUUUUUCUCUGAUGAUGAUCUCUCUUUUUCAGGCUUCCUAUCAAUUCUCUCUCAGUCCUAUUAAUUUCUUUGGCAUACCAAUGUAUAUUUUUCCUAUUUCUACCAUGCAUUUUGGAAGACAGGCACUUUUUUUUUUUUAAACCAGAGGUGCAGGGUGAGCUUUCAAAACUUCAAUGGCCAAAAAUAACCUGAGUACUUAAGAGCUGCAUCUCAGAUUGACUCCUGUAUUCUGAGCUGUAUUGUAAAUUCAAAUGAGCAAUCCUGAUGAUGCCACAUUCUUGUUUUGAUUGCAAAACCAAGCUAGUCAUGCACUUUAUACAAUAUUCUCCUUAAUAAAUACCUGAAAUAAUCUGUUAUCAAUUACACUUGAGCUUUUUAUCUGUUUUGGACUGGAAAUACUGUUCAUUAGAACAGGUUUCUCUGAGGACUGAAAUGUAUUUUGCUUCCUCUACUAAGGUGUAUUGAAGCUGCUCUCAAUUCUCAAUUGUAUUUUAGGGUAAUUUUUUUUCCCCUUUUGUUUUAUUUCCUCACAGUUUUCCUACUUCUAGUUUUUGGUCCAUUUGAAAUGUUGCAGGGAUGUGUGAGCUGCACAGAAGGAUAAUUCUUCUUUCCACUUCAGUAAUCUGAGGAGAGAGUUUGUACCUGGGCUGUUAAUCUUUACCAGGCCCAGCAAGCUCUGGUACAGGGCUGCUCUGCAGUGGGUGAAAUGCUUCACUUACAACAAGACGCUACUCUGUAAUUGGUGGAAGCGUUAGGGAAGUUUUGCUGUUGCUUGUAGAGAGUUUCCAGCUUAUUUCCUGCAAAAGAUGAUAUUCCUUUGUGAUACGAUGCUGCAGACAGCAGGAUCAGUGUUACCUGGCUCGUUCACCUCUCUGGCUGAUGGAUCGUGGACAGUGUGAUGCCUUACAAAUCAGGGAGCACUGAGGCCCCGGUACUUCUGAAAGGACAGCAUCUCCAAAGAAGGUAGUGGCAUGUUUGAAGGAAGCAUGGAUGCCUGCCCUUGUGUUUGUUCCUAACAAGGUAACUUCAGGAGUUUGAGCAGCAUUGUUCUGUUCAUCUUCCAUUGAGUUGCAAAAAUGUUGAACCCAGUCUUUUCUCAUUCAGUAGCUUAUGCUAAACAGCUUCUCUGGAGCAAGAUCAAGCCUCAUGUUACAUUAAAACUGCUAGCAUGUGAAAAGCAGAUGUUGUUGCAAUGUAACUGAUUAACAGGAAUAGCAAAGUCUCUGGCCUCUAUAGAUACUGAGCUUAAGGGUCAUCUUUUGUCUGGCAGGUGAGCUCACACACUUGAUGCAAGGUCUUACUAUAUUAAUCACUACAGUUAUCAGUGUUUCUUUGUUGAGUGACAAAGCUGUCUUACAUCUCCCUGCGGCUCUUUGGUCACAGAGCAGAAGGUGAGCUUUUGAUUAGUACUGUUUGAUUUCACCUGAAGAGGUACUUACUGGGAACCUGCGUCUGGUUCUUACCUGGUAGCUCUGCUUGCCUGGGCCUUUGGUGGUGCUGCUGGUGUUUCAGGAGUCCUGCUGCUCCUGCAGAGCUCCCUGUUUGGCUAAGCAAUACUGUCACAUACUUGUCUCAUGCUGCCAAGCCUCUGGCUCCCCAGUGAUCUCUGCUUCAGCCGGAAUCCUUUGGCCCUGGUCUGAGCUCAAGGGCUCCAUGAAUUCCUAUGGUUUGAGUCUGUUGGGUGUCCUGACUCCGGUGCUAGAGCUAGUGAGGUGCUUACCAGCUUUAACUGCAGCUACCGUACAGAAUUAUAAAUUUUAUUCAUCAUCCGUACCGGCCCACCUAUGUCUCCAAAGCCAUUUUCUGGCACGGUUUACUCAGUAGAGUCCUUGUUGGAAAUCUUUCUUUAAGGUAUUCUUUCAGCUAAUUUCCUAGCAGAAGGCUCAUUCUGGAUGAAGUGCUGUUGGCUGAUUCCUGUUGGAGUUAAUGAGCUGAAAGUAAUGAGUCCUUUGCCACAUGGGCCAAGUGCAUUCUUCUCCCAUCGCUGGCAAGAUUCCAGUUGCUUCCACAGAGCAACAUCCAAAAAAGCCUAAUUCUCAGAUUGCCAGUCUGCUCCAGAUUCACUAAUGUCUGUAAUUCACCUUUGUUCAUCACUUCCAUGUGUUGAACGUCUUUUGAAAGACUUCAGUUGUUCCUUUAUAAGAAUGUUACUUCAUUAUCUGACACUGGGAUCUUUAGAAAUAGCUUUAAUUUUUUAAAAAAAAAAUUAAAAUAUCGUAACAUCAGUGAAAGUCAUAUGGAAAUCCCUGUUAUGUUGGUAGAAUAGUUUUCCACUCUGCAGCCCUGCUGAGCUGCUGCAGCGUGGCUGUGCUGCCCCUCAUGUUGCACAGUUGCAGGAAACCCUGAAAUCGUUUUUCCUUUCCUGUGUGACAGACUUGUGCCCCGGAUCUCUCCUGCUUUAUGCAUCUGUGCAGUUUCACAUUGCAGAAUUAGUUGCUUUUUAACUGACAGCCCCAUGCUGUAAUGUUAGUGUUUGUAGCUGUCUUGGGACAGUGAACUGCACUGAGAUCACCUCUUUUUUUUUUGUGGUUUUUGGUCUCCCACCCCCCACCCAGGAAUUUUCUGUAAAGCAUUCACAGGAAACUUUACAUGCUCAGUAGCAGUCAUAAUUUGUCAGACCUUCUCAGAACCUCUUCAAAUUUGUCCCUUUUUUUGAUGUCAUUUAAAUAUUUUCUGCAAGUUAGCCUCCUCAUGUAGUGUCGUUUAGCCCAGCUGGUAAUUAAGUACCAUGAAGCCCCUCGCUCACUUUCCUCCCCAUCCCUCUGGGUGAGGGAGGAGCUGGAAAGGAAUGCAAAACUUGAGGGUUGAGAUAAGAACAAUUUAAUAGUUGAAACGGAAUAAAAAUGAAAGAACAAUAAUUACAAUGCUGACAAUAAGAGUUACAAUGAAAAGGGGAAGGGAAAGAAUAAAAUCCAGAGGGAAAGGAAGAAAGGAGCGCGUGGUGCACAACGCAACCGGUCACCACCAGCCAGUCCCCGAGCAACGACCUGCCUGCCCCAGCCAAGCCCCCAGGUGGAUACCCCAGGCAUGAUGCCCCACGGUAUGGAAUGCCUCUGGCUGGUUUGGGACAGCUGGCCUGGCUGUGCCCCCUCCCAAUUCCUUGUGCCCCUCCAGCCUUUUUGCUAGCAAGACCUGAGGAACUGAAAAGUCUCACAUCAAAGCCAAAACCAGCACUGCGCUAGCUCCUAAGAAGAUAAUUAAUUCCAUCCCAGCUGAAACCAGGGCAUGUAGAAAUGUGCACUCUUCUUUUCACCUCUUUCAAAGUGCUCGGCGCUUAGAGAUUUCUUGGAACACAACAGGGAGCAUGCAGGUGGACUUUGAAAAUCAGGCUAACAAAUAGAAAUGCACAAGCCUCUUUUUUUUCCUUAGUUGUUGAAUUCGUGUAUAAGGUAAACAUUAGGAAACGAGAACCUCCAAUACUUAAUGUAUAAAAUAUAGCUGCUAUACGUGCAGUUCCCAGCAGCUCCACAAGUGACACGCUGUGGUUAGGAGUGCAGCUCUAGAGCAUGGGCCUACAGCUCACCUGAUGCACCUGUAAAAACCCAACUCCAAAAUUAAGUGAAAAAAUAGCUCUGCCCAUCUAUUUCUUCAGUCACACACAGGGAGGAAAAAGAGCACUGCUUACCCAGGUGGGUCCUUCGCUAUCAAGCACCUUAAGAAAUCCAGACCAGCACUUUGAAGGUCCCCCUGGAGUGAGUAGAUGUGACUUCUUGGUGUGAUCAGUUGAUUGUUUCCUUCUGAACUGAAAACAUAUUUGCUAUGUAUCGCUGCUGGUGUGCUCUUCCGUGCUAGGGCAGCCUGCUGGGUCUGUUCCCAGAGAUGGCAGUCGGGGUCUGGUGUCCUGGAGGCAGUCCUGGUCACCCUUACAUUUCCGCUUUGCAAGAACUAGGUCUUCAAAAGACAGUUUCAGAAAGGCAGUUUUCAAAAUAAUGAGCUUUCCUGAUAACAGGCCUUUCUGAAAAGGCUUUUUGCUCCACAGCAUGUGUUGAAAUAGGGGAGUGAGGUCCCAGAGGUUGCUGAAGUGGUGCUGUGACCGGUUCGUGCUGGGUGGGCAUUCCUCCUGCACUCACUCAUGCAGGGGCAGGGAGCAGCUUACGUUCUUUCCCACAGCAGAGGUGUCUGACAUUUAACAUUUACAUUUAGCUUAACCAGGUGGGCAAUAGUCACAGGCAGAUUGAAAUUAAAACCCAACACAUAUGGCAGGAAAAUAGCUGACCCAGUGGCAAUUGAGCUUCUCAGCACAAGGCACUUGUCUCCCUCAGACCCCAGUGGGUCCAGUAACAGGCUCAUCACUCUCUGAAUUCUGCUUAACGCAUGAAAAUCAGUGAUUAAACAUUCCUUUGUAUCUAUUGCUUGAUACAGAUGCUCUCCAACUGGCACCUGGUUGUGCCAGUGGGAGACUGGUAUGUGGCAGGGCCACACUGGUGACUACAGAAUGGGUUUGGGCAUCAGGCAGCACUGUGACGUCCUGCACCCUUGCACUGAGCCGGCUGUGAGUCCAGAUAUUCUCCGGGAGCUUGGAGCACAGUCUUUCUGUUGCAUAAUGGUGAUGAAGUCUUUCCCAUCAGCAAAUCCUUGUCUUUUCCUGAGAAGCACUAUUGUAUAAAUAAUAUUCAUGACACUUGUCUUACAGUAGAUAAAUGUGCACCUUUCAAUUCUUAUUUUUUUCCUGGGUGCCAACUCUCCGUCACUGAGAUACACCAGUUUUCAGGAUCUUUAGUUUUAAAUUUUCAUAGAACGUCUCUCUUGCUUUAAUGUGCUGACCAAACUUCAUGCUUUUGGAUGUUUUCUGAGAGCGGUAAGUGCAUGCUUUUUGGAGGGGUUGUUUUGGGUUUUGUGUUGGAUUUUUCUUACCAGCCACUGGGUUUGGAAGUGCAAUGAUUCCUUUUUGUGCUAGUGUCAGUUUAUUUUUUCUUCCUGGACAUUUUUUCUGAAGGGACCAACACCUAAGCACAAUUUAACUUAAAUUUCUAAUCCCAUGCAUUCCUUAAGGCAGAAACCUUUUGUGCCUAAUGAUGCAUCUGAUUCUAAGAAUUGUACGUGGAUAAAAUCUUUCAUAGACCAAUAAAAACAAAAUCUUAGGUUAACCACAUUAUAAUUACAGAAAAAGCAGGUAAACUUGAAACAUUCAAAUUUAAUUCCCUCAACUUACAUUAAGUUGAACUAUUUCAGGUGCGUCGUAAGAGACAAACUCAGUGGAUAUUCAGAACAAAAGCUUUUCAGCUGCUGUAUUCAGGUUCAGUGAGUGGAAAAGACUAUAACUUUGAAUAUAUGCAGUCUUUCAGGGCUACUGAUUUAACAAGUAACAGCUUGUAUCACACCCCUACUAAAAUUCUACUAGUAGUUCCCCUUGAAGUGCCUCUUUAAAUUCUGUCCGCUACAAGGGUGUAAAAUACAUGGAUUCACCCUACAAAUUCCCUAAACUCAGGAGCAGCCAGUAUGCACAGAUCUGUGCAGGAUUCUCAACCCUCCUUCCUUUGCUCUGCACUGUGCACUCUUUUUAGGACAUGCAUAUAUCCAGUAGACCUGCCUUUGUCUCUCUGAUCAUUUACUGUCCAGCACAGUCCUCCUAAAUUCUUAAUGCUGUAAAUGGAGUAGGAAAUGUUAGACUUGGAAGCAACUGCAUCGAAGGUACGUUGCUAACCUCAUCUUCUGACACAUCUUCAGUAUAGGGGUCUCAGUAGAACAAGCAGUGAAUUCUGCAUAAAAACAGUUAGGUGGCAUGUGGGGCCAAAGCAGACUUUUAUUGUGUGAAAUAAAAAAAAACCCUUGACUAUUUUUUAAAGCAGUUGCUGAGAAGUAAUUUUCUGGUACUGGAAGUCUGAAGCUGAGUGGUGAUUUCAGGCAUCUCACAUCUGUAUGACUUGACAGUCUUAGUCAUUUGAAUUUGGGAGCGCUUGACCUGAAAUUCCUUGUUCCUUUGGAGUUUUUUGAUGUGAUGGCUGAGAUUUUCAGAAUAGCUUAAGGAGUUUGGAUGUCUGUUUACCACUCUUCUGCUCCAGCAGGUUAAAAACAGUCUUUAGGGGCAGCAACCUCUAUCCAUUAUGAAAAAAGCAGGUACUAGUAUUGGACAAAUAUUUUCUUCUCCUCCUCAGAUGGUUUCCUUUCUUUCAGCAGCCAAAGACUGUGUGAGAAAUCCACGAAACAGUUUUGCAGACAUUCUAACAGCAGGGAUUCAAAGGCGGGCCAGACACCAGUCAUACACUAAACCAGAGUUUUCUACUAAAACAAAGUUGCUUAUUUGGUCCUUUUUGUGUAACUUUUGCUAAAUACUUCUAAAUUUCUAGGAAAGUUGUCUUUUGCCAGUACUAAUGACUUAUUUUUAAAGAUGUUUAACCAAAACUUUAUAACUUUCCAUAAAUUUUGGCUGAAUAGACCCCUUAAAUAGUUGCAGCCUCUGUCUGAGUAAGUAGUAAAUCUUGAAUCAUUGUGCAAAUUAUAAGAUGGCUUUUGUUCCAUAAGGAUACAUGAAGGAAUCACUUACUGAACUUAAGUUGAAUGCAGAAAAGAUUUAAUGGGCAGAUCUUCAGCUUGGGUAAACUGGCAGAGUUCAAGAGAAGCUACUUUGCCAGCUGUGGAUCUUGUCCUUCAGUGUUGAAGGCAUUUCCUAUACAUAAUUUUUCUGUCUUACUGUAAAACAAUUUCAUAUGGUUAAACUGUAUUUUCCUAUAUUGUUCUGCAAGUUUAUAUGCACCACAGUGCUCAUCUCAUCUCCUGUAAAAUAAACUGUACAGAAACACA